ACUCGUUUAAUUAAUGGAAGUGAUAAUAAUGAUGCAAAUCCAAUUGCUGGAACUCCGUUUCAACCUUUUUUAAGGGCCAUCAGUUCUCAGAACUUCAAGUCAGGUUCUCCUGUAAUGUCUCCCACCGAUUUUCUUGGUCUAAACCCGAGUGGGCCAACAACUAUUAAAUGUACUGAUAAAGUACCUCCUAAUUUGUAUCCCAUGCCACGAUGUAUAUCAAAUAUAAUGUGUAGUUAUCAUGUUCAACCUUAUAAUGUUACUGCAUUAUCGAAUUAUCGUUCAUUUAGGCCGGCUGAUAUUACGAGAUCGAAUAAGUCGAAUCCAACAUAUCCAAUUUUCUUACCAGCAGAUGAUCCGUUGUAUAAUCCGAAUCCAAAUUUUACAAUGUCUCCGUAUCAAAUCAAUGUACCAUUUUUACCAAUAAAUCGAUCUGAUGGUAAUAAUGACACUAAUCCGGAAACGCGAAAUCCCCUUCUUAGUGGAAAAAAUCUUGUCACCCCCUUCUUAGACUUAAAUAAUAUUUAUGGUAUUAGUGAUCAAGAUGCGAUAAUUAGGCUUCGUGAUACUUCUACUAAUAGAGGAAAAUUAAAGACGUCUAUUGUUAAUGGAGAGCAUUUUCCUCCAAAAGAUGGAGAAUAUAUUUGGGGCUCGACUUUGACAACUGCCAAUAAUAUAUUUACUUUAGCCAUUCAAACAAUAUGGAUACGCGAACAUAAUCGAAUUUGUGAUGACUUAUAUCAACAACAUGCUAAUUCCUGGACUGAUGAACAAUAUUUUCAAGAAGCAGUGG